GGUUUAGAUGUUGAUGUGGAAAACUGUGCUGUAUGUAUUGAGAACUAUAAACUGAAAGAUACUGUCCGGAUUCUGCCAUGCAAGCAUAUCUUUCAUAGAACGUGCAUUGACCCUUGGCUUUUGGACCACCGAACUUGUCCGAUGUGUAAACUAGAUGUUAUUAAAGCUUUGGGAUACUGGGGGGACCCGGAAGACACGCUCGACGUGCCCAUACCGGAAUCGAUAAGCGGCAGCGUUUCGGUGGGCAGCCUGAGCAUCGCUUUGCAAGAGGACGAGCGAAACGAAGCGAGCGACUUGUCGGCUUCCUCCACUAAUGAGUCGGUAUUGCAGUGCACCAGCUUGAAAGAGGAUGCAGGGGAAACCACAGCGUUACUCGAUGUGGAUGUCAGUAAUAACCGGCAUGGAGAACAUCUGUCUAAUGGAAGUACCCAUUGAACUGCUUCAUGGAAGAUACCUUGAACAGACUGUUAAAGAACUUUUAUUUUUUAUUUAAUUAGUACGAACUUUUGUCUAAUUAAUGGAAAAUAACAAUGUAAAUUAUUUUACCUUUCAAACUUUUCUAGCUGGUGUUCCAAAAGGGCUAAUAACUUAGAAUUUUGUACAAAAGAGGAUUUUAUAAAAUUUCCUCUGGAUGUCUCAUCCUAAAAAAAAGAAAAAACCAACAAAAAAAGAUGCAAUAACCCUUUUUCUGUAAACAUUAUUACAAUGUCGUUGUGUUCCAGAGGGCUGUAACAAAGAUGAAGACUAGGGCAGUGAAAGCCAUGCAGAAUGGUGAACGGUAAAUAUUUUGGAUGCACUAUUUACAUUCAGUACCUACACCCAGAGAACACUUACAAGACUAGAGCUCUUAAAAUGAUCUGAAAGUUCUGAUGUAUUGCAAUUGGAGAUAGAUGCUCUUAGAAAGGGGAAAAAAAAACCCACACUCUAAGGAUUAUUUGAAGAAAUCAAAUAACUCAUGGAUAUGCUACAUAUCCUUUUUCAAGAUGAAAAAGUAAUAGUUACAAAUUUCCUUAUAUGUAAUGAAUGCUGAUGUGAUCUUGUAAUGUGUUCCACUCAGAGUGGAUACUGAGAGAAAAGGAGGCUUUCUCCAGCUCACUAGCUUUUUAUACUGAAUUUGGCAGUAAUAGGUUGUGCUGGGGGUCUUAACGUGCUGAGCAUGUAGACUUAUUUAGGUAUAUGCACACUGGUUACCUCUUUCAAUCUUAAACUCAGUAGAAUGGAGGUAAAGGGCUAAUUAUGGCUAAAAAUAUAUUUAUUAGUCUAUUUAUAAGAUUUUACUGAACUCCUUACUCCUGCUCCCAUCCUGUCUCACUUCCUUAUGUAUAAGCUGGAACCAUUUCCUAAGAUGUUCUAUGAAGCUUUUUUU